UAAUAUUAAGGUCCACUACCCGAAGAGUCGAUUGGUUUAAAAAACAAAUAAAAUAUUCCAUGUAUAUAUAAAUUAUAAUACAAAAUGAAUAAAUACAACUUAAACAAGUUUUAUACCUAAUAUCAAUCAUCAGCCAUCAAAUAUACUGCUAUUAUUUAUAAUAUUGAGCAAAAUCUCUUGAACGUACAAGAAUAUUCGUAUUAUUCGAAAUGAUCAGUGAAGGUGAAAAUGAAUUUAUAAUAGAUGAUGAAAAUGAAAAAACUCAGAAAGAAGAAAGUUGUGACAAUAAUGAAGAAAGAAUAGUUGCUAAUUUGUAUAAGAAACCCUUCCUUGGUGGAUUUCGACACAAAGUUACGGGUUUAAUGUAUCUAAAUGCUUCUUCACAAACUAAUACAAAGAAAUAUAUUCAUCACGGACUGGAAAGAUUUGAUAGAGACACUCAAACUGUUCAGUCGAAGAAUCAGAUUUUGCAGACAUACUGUGAUACCUCAACACAGAUGACAAAACCUGGUUGUUAUAUUGCUGAAGUAACUGAUAAAAUAAUUAUACCUGGUAAAUAUAUUACUGCAGCUGAAAAAGAAAAAGACAUGUUAGAAAAGGUUAUACUUUUGCAAUGCUACUGGCGAAGGUGGCUUGCAAAACAGCUUGUUAAUAAUUUGCGAUCUGAUCAAGAACAAAGAAUUAAAUGGGAAAAAGAGGUGGAAGAAAAAAAAGUGGCUGAUCGAGCUGACAGGCUUCGCCAGGAAUUUGAACGAAGAAUGAACCCGCAAACUAACAGAGAUUUUGAUCUAUUGUAUGCGGCUUUAGAAAAAUGGAGGAAAGAAGAAAUAUUGUCUAUUGAUUUAAUGCAUUCUGGUUCAGCUCGAAAAGCAGCUUUGAUUGGCCUUUUAGAGCAGGAGUCAUAUCUCAUUCAGUCUAUUGAAAGACAUCGCAUAAAUGCUAACAGUGAGAACUUACAAGAACACAUUCUUUUGUUUUUAAAAAAAGCUGCAAAACCAAAGUUUUGGAGAGCUUUUGAUGGAGGUAAAACAGAGAUGUAUACAAACAAUACACUACGUGCUGAAAAGCUGCGUGACUUGUAUAACAGCUUGCAGAUGAAUUACUUAACGCAAGGUGAAAGAGAAGAUGUGUUGUGUACUCUCAAGCAAACAGUUCAGGAAUACAAAUGCAAAUUAACAGAAGAAAUUGUUGAAUUAGUUAACAGAGAAAUCAAUUUACUGACCAGAGGAGUAAAAGAAAAGAAUUUAGAAGGGUUGCGAUUAAGAAUAUCAACUUUAUUUUUGCAGUUUUGUAAAAAUCCACAAUACAAUCCAGAAGUAGCUCGUUUACUUAAGGUACCAAAUAAUCCAUUAAAGUUGUUAAAGAAUAUUUUCUUUUGUCCAAGUUGUAAUUCUUAUCUUCCUUCUUCUGAAUUUCCCUUAGCAUCUAACUCCAAAAUUGCAGGUCGAUGCUCAAAAUGUGUGAAACUUGACAAUACUGCUCGUCUCAGACAUGAUUUUUCUAAAAUUCAUUUUAUGUUAUUACAAAUACGUUUAAGCGAAGAGUCCUUCGACGACGGUUCGCAAAUUCCUUACUUGAUGCAAGAUGCAGACUUGCAGUAUCUUGUAGAGAUUAUUUGGAACUCACAAAGUGCUCUCAGUGGCGUAAGUGAAAUAAGCGAAUUAAUUCUAGUUCGUUGGAAUAAGCAUAAACACUGGUCACCAUGGAACUGUGUUUUGUUAAGUAAGGAUGAGUCUAUUGCUCAUUUAAAACUUGACAACACCCUCGAGAGGUUUUUGUUUUCAGGCAUAUGGAAGAAUUUUUAUUGGUAAAGUGAAGCAAAAACAUCUUUUAGCAAAAAAUUAUUUUGCAAAACUUUUUUCAUUAACGAAUAAAAAUAAUUUGAAAUUACAAAGUGAAGUCUCCGAAAAACGUGAUAGUUUGUAAACACUUAUAUUAUAUUUAUUAUAAAUUAAUAUAUUUCAUAAAAUAUUUAGACCUUUUCAUAUUA